AUGAGCUUGUCGGUGUCCCCCCCAGCGAACGGGAAUGGGGCAGAUGUAAAUGAGUCACUUCCAAGCCAUGCACCGGCAAUGGGUGAAACUUCCGCGGACGACGCAUCGCCAAGACCACGGGAGGAAAAACAGCAGCAACAGGAUGAGAGUACAGCGCAGGAUGACGCAAGGGGCACGGCGACGCCGAUACAUUCCGCCAUGAAAGGAAAGAGCGGACGGGACCGCAGUACCGACAUGAAACCACGCUUCAACCCCGAGGUAUCUGUGAUUGAGACACCCAGCUACUUUCUUGUGAUGAACAACGAGGAGAGCGGGGACGAGGCUGAGGAGCUUGCUGUAUUCAACCGCCUUUACGAGGAGGCAAAGUCGCGGCUUGAGCGCUCCAAGGCCGCAGCGACGGCAGGCAAAGAUGGUGAGGUUGAGGACCCCGAAGCGAAGGAGUGCACAUUCUCUCCUGUGGUAUCAGAUUACGCCAAGCAACUGGGGAAGUACACGAAGUUUGCAGAGUUCUUACAAACUCAAGAGGAACGCCGUAAAGUGAGCGCCAUGCAUUUUGAGAAGAAAAAGGAAAGGGUGUUGGGAGAAGAUUGCGUGCCCCUCUUUGAGGACAUGCCGCGGAAACACAGUUUACGUAUCAUUUCUUACUUGGAAAAGGAACGUAAUUACAAGGGCCCCAUAAAAGGAUGGCGUGAGCGUUUUCGUGCGUACAUGAAUAAGCUGCAGGAGCAGGACCGGGAGUUGAAUCCGAACAAACCCAAAACCAAUGCAAGUACACCGUCCGUGCACAGUGGUAUUACUCGUGACGACGCCGUGUUUGAUCGACUCUACGAUGAGGCUCGUGUGCGGGCGGUGUCGCAGCGCGUUGUGGCGAUGACGCAACUGGAGAGGGAGUCCCGGGAACUUUACCGCCCCAAGACAAAUGAGUCCGAGUAUAGGGGUAGCGAUGGCCACAGCAGUCAAGUUUCCCCCUCCAAGGGGAGAAGCAACAGCCGCUGCAGCAGCAGCAGCCAACGCCUCUCUAGUCGCGGUGGUCAUCUGGCUUCUGUCAACAGCGAUUCCAUGAGCAGCGUUUUUGAGGAACUUUACGCCAUGGGCGAGGAAUACCGUCGUCGCCGGGAAAUACGUGCAAUGGAGGCCAUCGAGAAUCAGGAGGAGUUUACGUUUAAGCCGGCGACAAACCCUGAGAGCAGCAAGAUCAUCAUGGAGCGUGCCAUCGCCCGCGCCAAGGGAGAGCUGCCGGAGCGCGCUGCGAGGAAACAGCGUCUCGACGCUGCGGAUGAAAAUGACGGGAAUGAGACAAACGCACGGGAGCGGAAACGCAACAUUAGGUUCAACCCCGACAUUUUCUGUUCACGUUUGCAGCGAAAAGAAUUCGAGCGACUGAAGCGACUUGCCGAGCUCCGGCACCAGUUGCGAAUGGAUGAGGCGUCAGAGUGCACAUUUCGUCCAAGCAUCUCCCGCAACAGCCAAAUAAUGGCAAUGCAGAAGGGGUACGGCCAGAUUACAUUUGCCCCGUCCUUGCACUCUUCCCCACGGCAUUCUCGCCAGCACACGGCGGGAAGUGGGGAGGGUGGCCAGGAACAUCAUGACGCUCGUAAUGGUGACGGCGACGACGACAAUGCCUUCCAGCGAGAUGUCUACCGCCACCACCAACAACGCAGACAAGAGAUGGCUGGCCGUGGUAACAGCAAGGGGAAUGCGGACGACAGUGUCAGGAGGAGCAGCAGCGGCAGCAGUGGCGGCGGCGGCGUGAACGAGCCGGCCGGACGCUUAUUUGAUGCCGAGGAGGUGACCGAAGGUUACAUCUCUGCACUUUCGUCGGAGAUUCAGGGCGUUCUGUCACAGUGGACGGAGGCAGCGGAGCGUGCAAAGGCCGCCAUCUGA